CAUUCUUCGUGUUGUAGUGUCAUCAGUUAGAGGUGGUGCUUGUUAAUCUACACAAAAAUGUCUAAAAAGGUGAAUAAUCCGCAAGUAGAAGAGUCCGAAGAGGACAAAGAAUUACAGGAAGAGUUGAAAAUGUUAGUUGACAGGAUAACUGGUACCGAUCAAAAACUGAUCAAACCCGCCCUGAACAUGCUUCGUACGUUGAUUAAAACUUCGACAACUUCGAUGACAUCGGUUCCAAAACCGUUAAAAUAUCUGGGCCCGUAUUAUAACAUAAUAAAAGCGAACUUUAAAAACAUCGAAGAUGCGGAUACCAAAAAGCUGUACGCCGAUAUAAUUUCCGUGCUCGCAAUGAGUCCCACGGGGGGCGACGAUGCCAAGCAACAGCACGAUUGUCUCCGAUAUCGUCUUUUGGGCCACAUGAAGAACGUGGGCAGUUGGGGACACGAAUAUGUCCGUCAACUGGAAACGGAAAUCGUUGAACAGUGGUCCAUUUGUUCGGACAGCGGCCCCAAAUUGAUGCCUCUCGUUCAGGACAUCGUCAGUUUCGACUGUAACAAUCACGCCGAGAUCCAAGCUUGCGACGUUUUGAUGGAAAUCGACCGAUUGGAAAUAUUACCGAAAUACAUCGACAACGGCACGUACCAAAGGAUCUGUUUGUAUCUGAUGUCCUGUGCCAAGUACGUGGACGACGUCGAGGCGACCAAAAUAUUGAAAAUUGUCGCCGAUCAGUACAAACGAUUCGAGGAGUAUCCGAGAGCUCUGGUGGUCGCCCUUCAACUGCGCGACAAGGAAAUGGUCGACGGGUUGUUCGCCGACUGCAAGGACCCGAUUAUCCUGAAACAGAUGGCCUUCAUAGCUGCCAGACAGCUGCAUCCAGUCAAUUACAGGAAUUCGGUCGUCGACCAGGAAGAAAUCGGCAACAUUUUGAGCAACAACUAUCUGAAUUCUCACUUUGUCGCUCUGGCGAGAGAACUGGACAUUUUGGAACCGAAAACCCCCGAAGACGUUUACAAAACUUGGCUCGAACCCCAGCCCGUGCGUCCUUCGAUCCUCGGCGAGAACCUGGACAGUGCGCGUCAGAAUUUAGCCUCGAGUUUCGUGAACGGGUUCGUGAACGCGGGUUUCGGAAGCGACAAACUUCUAACGACCGACACCGGGAACAAGUGGAUCUACAGGAACAAAGACCACGCAAUGCUGAGCACGACCGCCGCUUUAGGCCUUAUCCAUUUGUGGGACGUCGACGGAGGCCUGACGCCUAUCGACAAAUAUUUAUAUUCCGCCGACGAAAAUAUCAAAGCUGGAGCCUUGUUGGCAAUCGGGAUGGUCAAUUGUCGUGUUAGUAACGAGUGCGAUCCCGCUCUGGCCCUUUUGGCCGACCAUGUCAACGACGAGAGUCAGAGUUUACGAAUCGGCGCCAUUUACGGACUCGGCAUGGCGUACGCGGGCAGCGCGAGGGAAGACGUUCUCAAUAUUCUCGUUCCGGUGGUCGAAAGUGCGAUCGGCACGGAAAUUCUGGCAAUAUCAUCUUUGGCAGCCGGUCUUGUGGCCGUUGGCACUUGCAAUGCCGCUGUAACGAACGCGGUUUUGUCGAAAUUGGUGGACAUCCGCGAAUCGGAAACGCUCAAGUCGCCAUUGAUGCGACUGACGGUCCUCGGGAUGGCCCUGUGCUACAUGGGCCGCAAAGAUUGCAUCGAAACGCCGAACGCGGCACUCGAAGUCUUUACCGAGCCGUUUAAAAGCACCUCGCAACUCCUUCUGCAAAUGUGUGCUUAUGCGGGGACCGGAGACGUCCUCGUCAUACAAGAACUAUUAAGGGUGGUAAGCGAAAGAAUCGCGUUACCUGACGACAAAGACGGACUGACGAAGUCGCCUUCCGGCUCCAGCGGUGCCAUACCCACCGUUGGCGUUACCGAUAUAACCCAACAGCAGCAACAGUUAUACAACCAUCCCCUUCAGCAACCCCCUAGAAAGAAAGCGAAGAUCAGAGAGUGGGACAUGAGCAUUCCGCAGGCCGUCGCCGCACUGGCCGUUGCGGCCGUGGCCGUUGGAGAGGAAACCGGCACGGAAAUGUGCCAGAGGGUUUUGGGUCACGUGGGUCGUUACGGAGACCACGGGGUGCACAAAGCGGUACCUCUGGCGAUAGCUCUCACGUCCGUUUCAAAUCCGCAGCUAACGGUUAACGACGUGCUUACAAAAUAUUCGCACGAUUCGGACGACGAAGUGGCCGCGAACGCGAUAUUCUCCUUGGGAAUCGUCGGCGCCGGUACCAACAAUGCAAGAUUAUCCGCGGGCUUAAGACAACUCGCGGUUUAUCAUUCGCGCAAUCCGACGCCCCUGUUUAUGGUCCGGUUCGCGCAGGGCCUGACCCAUAUGGGCAAAGGCACCUUAACGAUCAGCCCUCUUCAUCACGACAGGCAGCUGAUCGACCCGUGUGCCAUGGCAGGAUUAUUGAUUACCCUCACGGCCCUUUUGGAUUCGCGCGCUUUGAUUAACGGUAAAAAUCAUUUUCUUUUGUACGUCCUGGCGGUGAGUAUGCAGCCGCGGUGGUUGCUGACCCUCGACGAAGAAUUACAAUCGACUUCGGUUCCGGUCAGGGUGGGACAGGCGGUGGAUGUGGUUGGUAAAGCAGGCACCCCGAAAACCAUCUCUGGGAUUCAUACUCAUACCACCCCUGUGCUUUUAGCGGCCGGCGAAAGGGCCGAAAUAGCCACCGAUCUCUACGAACAAAUGAGCCCUACGUUAGACGGGGUUUGCAUUUUGAGAAAAAAGAAGCUCGAAUGAAAGAGUUAUCUAUCGCUUUUCCGUUUGUAAUUGCGCGAAAUUCUAUAAUCAGUAUUAAUUAAUAAGCGAUAAUGUUUGUGUUUGUGUUUGUUAUAAAUAAAGUUUCUUCAUUCAGCA